AAUCUAUGGUUCAAAGGAACAGUGGCUCAAGGAACCAUUAGCUUUAAUUUUCUGACUUCCUCAAUUUUCGUCGUGCGAAAGUCUUGUACAGACAAAGCGUGUGGCCAUGCAUUGUCGAGGCGAAUUAAGAUGCUCGUUCCCCGGGAAGCUGAUCGUAGCCCGGCGGCGCUACAAGACUUUCAUGAUUGACGAAAUUCUGUCCAAGGAUAUUUGCGAUAACUUUGAAAAACUUUCCACGUGCCCAAUGGACCACUCUGUCACCAGGCUCAAACCUCUGCUUUCAUUAUCCGAAUCCUCCUCCCUGUUGGUCCACCCCCUCUUCUAUAUCAUCGCACAGCAGGACAGUGACCUGCCUCACCGGUACCAGCCCCCGUCCCCCGGCCACCUAUCCCACCUUCCCCAUCAGCCCCCUCUGUCCCCCCAGCUCCCCCGUGCGGAGUGUCCGUCCAGCAAGACGCCCGUCAGCAUCAGCAGCGAGUCAGAAGUGGAGCAGAACACCUCCCAGCCAAGGAAGUCCCGCCGCAGCCGUACAAUCUUCUCCGAGCACCAGCUCUUUGGCCUGGAGAAGAAGUUUCAGAAGCAGAAGUACCUCUCCACACCUGACAGAUUGGACCUGGCCCGGUCUCUAGAUUUGACACAGCUGCAGGUCAAAACCUGGUACCAGAACCGUCGCAUGAAGUGGAAGAAAAUGGUGCUGGAAAAGGGGCAAGAGGCUCCCACUAAGCCCAAGGGUAGGCCCAAGAAGAACUCCAUCCCCACCACUGAGGAGAUUGAAGCACAAGAGCGGCUGGCCCAGCAGGCACAGGAGGAGGGAGACCUCACACAUGCAUCUGGCCAAGGGGACACCCCUAAGCCUGAGGCUCAGGACUCCAAAUCCCAGAAUCCUCUACAGCCUGAGGGCUGUUCACAAGAACAGGCAACUAGAGUCCAGUCAGCCAUGCUCAUUGCUAGCUAAAGACAUGAGUUGAGCCAAAAAACACAAAUUAAUGAAUGGGAAAAUUACAGCUCUGGCCACUUCAAGAGCUCAUGUGCACUCAUUAAAAUACUGAGAACUAGCUGCCAGUAAUAUGUACUCACUAUGUGCAGGUAAGGAAUGAGGGAUCUUAACUGAUAGACACAAUUUUAAAUGACAUAUUCCUUAAACUAAUAAUAA